AAAAAUAAUCCUUUCUCGAAACCGCCUCAUCGGUUGUUCCCAGAAAGGCCAACUCGAUGAUGCUGGCGGUCGCGAGUGCGCCGCCACAGUCGCCGCGGGUGCUGGACAAUGCGCUGCAUCAGCGCAUCCGACGCAUCUUCUUUGGCCUGUACACGACGCAGCUCGUGCUGCAGGUGGCCGUCGUUUCGAUCCUCGAGGGCGCCGUCUCGAGCGUCUCGCUCGACAACAUUGUGAUUGGGAAGCAGUACAUUUGGGUCUUUGUCGUGAUCCUUCUCCUCUGCCUCUUCAUCUUGUACCAAAAGCGGUGCCCGUAUCCUGCAAGCCUCGGCGUCUUGAGCACAUACACGGCCGUGCAAGGCGUGAUCUUGGCCGACCUCGACCACCGCGCGACGAUCCCGAUCUGCCUCGCGUUCUGCGUCUCGUUCUUGGCCACGGUCGUCGUCAUGGGCGCUAUCUCGCAGUACGUCACGUCGCCGACGACGCUCGUGUGCUACCGCAACGCAGGUGUUGCGUCGCUUCUCGUGGUGGCACUUAUCGCGACGGCCGUCAACUUUGGCGCCAACCUCUUUGCCUACCCGGUCUUUCUCGGCUGGAUCGGGACGCUCGUCUUCUUUGGGCUCUGGGUCACGUACGUGGCGUCGCGCAUUUCGUACAAGUUUACGCAGUACCUCAAGUACAACGAGCCGCACCGCGUGAUGCUCUACUACACGGACAUCAUGCUCUUCGUCUUCUUCAUGUUCUCGCUCGUCUUUAGCUGCAUCGCGUUCGAAGGGUGCGCGUGCUGCGGUGCGUCGGACGACAUCCCAGGCGUCAUCGACUUCCGCUUCCCGCUCGACCCGUCGUCCGCCACUGUGGUCGUGCUGCGGCCCAAUGCCGUCCAGCCCGAUACCGACAAGGCGCCCAACACGACCGAGGUCAUCGCACGCUCCUAAGCCCGAGCAUCCUUCGCUAGGUAGACCAUAUUUGUUCACGAUGAUACAUUGUCUGUUUCCGCUA